AUGACUCGUCUGCGUUUUCAUCUACAUCAGCACCAAAUUAUUAGUUCUCGACAAUAUGGCUUUCGGCCCGGUUCAUCUACAUUACAUGCACUGCAUGAUAUCACACAAGACAUCCUGAAUAAUAAAUUCUCUGGCUACCACACCGCAUUAGUCAGCUUAGAUCUUAAAAGCGCAUUCGAUAGUUUGUGGUGGGUAGCUAUUAAGCAAGCUCUGGUAAACUCCAAUUGUCCGAGUAAUAUUUAUAAAGUUUUAGAACACUAUUUGCAAGACAGACGUCUUAUUGCAGUACAUCCAGCGGGAAUUAUCGAAAAAGUACAGACAAGAGGAUGCCCGCAAGGUUCUUGCGCAGGUCCUCAACUCUGGAACCUCACUUUUAAUAAGAUCCUUCAAGCUCCCUGGCCUGAUCAUACGCAUAUAUAUGCGUAUGCCGAUGAUGUGGCUCUUGUUAUCCGGGGACAUUCUCGCGAAGUUUUACAGCAAAAUUGCAAUGAGUCUCUUCAACUCUUUCAACAGCAUUGUGAUGAUCUGAAAUUGAUUAUUGCUGAAAACAAAUCCAAGGUACUUCUUGUACCUAAGAAAGGAGGUUCCUUGGUCAGGCGACCAAGAAUUGUCCUCAAUGGCCACAGGUUGCAAAUCCUCAGAGAAAUCAAAUAUUUGGGAGUUAUCAUUGAUGAUAAGUUAACCUGGAUCCCACAUAUUCUGUCCAUUAAAAAACGAACACAGAUGAUUGCCAAACAGCUUCGUUAUCUUCAGGGAUAUCGAUGGGGAUUAAACCACCAUAUCCAAAAAAUUCUAUAUACUACUGUCACAGAAAAGAUUGUUACUUACGCCGCUGCUGUUUGGGCACUCCCCAUGCAGGGGAGAAAAGUCAAACAUCUUUCAACCAUCCAACGCCCUUUUGCCCUGAGUAUAACUCGGGCAUAUUAUACAACUUCUUCGGACUCACUAAAUGUUCUAGCCGGUCUACUCCCUCUUCAUAUUAGAACUGAGGAAGAGGCUGUUCGUCAAUUACUUGUGCAACUACGCAGGCCUAUCACAUUUGAUGGAGAACAUUAUUUGCCUGAUGACUAUGAAGCAAAACUGAAACCUUUUAGUAUUCAUCCAGCAGACUAUGGGGUUGGAGUUAGGCUCCAUAUUCCACCAUCAGUGUUUCGUAAUUCUUCAAGCCACGUGAUAUAUACUGAUGGCUCAAAGAUAGAUGAUAACGUAGGAAGCGCUUUUGUUGCUUUUCAUGAUAAUCUUCCUCUAGCCCACUGGAAGGGACAUUUAUCUAUGCAGAAUAGUGUUUUUCAAGGGGAAGCAGUGGCGAUAGCACGCGCUAUCCGCUACUUGCUGACUCAGAAUAUAACACAAGCGACAAUCAAUUCUGAUAGCCUUUCUGUCAUCCACGCCAUUGGCAAUCCUGAGCAUUCCUCUCCAAUUAUACGAGACAUUCAACAGGACUUACGUGCUUCUCCGUCUUUCACUAUUCAUAUUGCUUGGGUUAAAGCGCAUGUGGGAGAAUAUGGUAACGAACUUGCAGAUGCCUAUGCCAAGGAGGCGGCUUCUGGUGAUGCUGAUGAGAAUAUAUCCUUCCUUGGCCACAUUCUUUUCUCAAGCGAACUUUACGUCUUCGAGCAAUUAGUAAGUGGCAAGAGGAAUGGGACAAUAGCUUCACCGGUCGACCGACGUACUUUCUACCAUCUUUCAUAUGUGUCGACAGAUCGCUGCUGUGGCAAUGCCCAUCUUUCCCGUUACAUUUCGGGGCAUGGACCUUUUCCUGAAUUCUUCGCACGCUUUGGCAUUAGUGAUACCAAUGUCUGCAGUUGUGGUGAACUCGGCUCUCCGGAGCACUAUUUAGCCAAUUGUCCCCUGACAGAAGGCCUACACAUACGAUUUCCUACGCAAAAUCGUCAGGCAUUUUGCAAACUCUUAGUUAAGCAAAGACACCUGAUCCGCAAACUAAAUUGCGUAAUGGAGAAAGUCUCCAGCAUUGGGCUUGACCUAUGUCAAUCACACUAUAUGUUUAAGCAAUAG